CAGCUGCACUGAUGAUAUCGAUGAACGUGUCCAGCGGUAAUCACAACCCGCAUAGCACCCACAGUAAGAAGCAUAAGAAGAAAGGCAAGAAACAUCGAAAAGGAUCCGGUGACAACCUCCCCAGUUUGGAUAUUGGGUCCCAGAUUCCCACCGCAGAUGAGUUGUGUCGCAUCCUCACAAUACACAGGCCUGCGACUCCACCAAAAACCUCUCCCACCCCUCCCCUCAACCUCUCCCAGAGGCCCCUGGACCUCCAACCCCCUGCCCCACUCAACCUCUCCCAGAGGCCCCCGGACCUCCAACCCCCUGCCCCACUCAACCUCUCCCAGAGGCCCCCGGACCUCCAACCCCCUGCCCCACUCAACCACUCCCAGAGGCCCCCGGACCUCCAACCCCCUGCCCCACUCAACCACUCCCAGAGGCCCCCGGACCUCCAACCCCCUGUCCCACUCAACCACUCCCAGAGGCCCCCGGACCUCCAAAUCCCUGCCCCACUCAACUUCUCCCAGAGCCCUCCCCAUCUCUUACAUCCUUCCGCUUUAACCACCCAGCCACUUCCUAUACCACUAACUCCCUCCUCUGACACUCUGUCCACCCCCGUACUGUCCUUACCCAUAGCACCCUCAAUAGAGAUCCCUCCAAUUCUGUCCUCUACUCCACCUAAACCACUGACCUCAUCUCAGACCACUUCUCCGCAGGCUCUCAGCCCACCCCCACCUGACUUCACCCCUCCACCAACAGAGCUGCUCGGAUCAGAUGAUGAGGAGCAGGAGGACCCAUCGGAUUACUGCAAAGGUGGGUACUACCCAGUGAAGAUUGGAGACUUGUUCAAUGGCCGAUAUCAUGUAGUCAGAAAGCUUGGUUGGGGUCACUUCUCUACUGUAUGGCUAUGCUGGGACCUGCAGAGGAAGCGCUUUGUGGCACUGAAAGUGGUGAAGAGUGCUCUGCAUUACACAGAGACGGCGCUGGACGAGAUUAAACUGCUCAGAUGUGUGCGAGACAGUGACCCUACAGACCCCAAACGAGAGACCAUUGUACAGCUUAUUGAUGACUUUAAGAUAUCCGGGGUCAAUGGUGUGCAUGUGUGUAUGGUGCUGGAGGUUCUGGGUCACCAGCUGCUGAAGUGGAUCAUCAAGUCCAACUACAUGGGCCUUCCUCUAGUCUGCGUGAAGAGCAUUCUCCGACAGGUUCUGCAGGGCCUGGACUACCUGCACACCAAAUGUAAGAUCAUCCACACCGACAUCAAGCCGGAGAACAUCCUGCUGGAUGUAGAUGAGGUGUACGUCAGACGGCUGGCUGCAGAGGCCACUAUGUGGCAGCAGUCAGGAGCCCCUCCUCCCUCGGGCUCCUCAGAGCGGCAAGGUGACCAAGAACAAGAAGAAGAAGCUGAAGAGGAAGGCCAAGCGGCAGCAGCGUCUGCUGGAGGAGAGACUGGUGGACCUUCAGAAGAUGGAGGAUCUGGACGGGACCUCUCCACCAGACCCUUCCAACCCUCUACGCACCCCCUGGGGACAGGACGACGACGCUGGGGACCCAGAGAGGACCGCCAACAACUCCUCUGUGGUGAAGGGGAAUGAAAACGGGAACUGCUACACCCAUGUCUCGUCCACGGCUAACACCAAGGCCAGCCCGGAAUCUGGCUCCUUGUGGAUCGAGGAGGGCUGGAACGGCCACAACCCCAUGCGUUUCUGCAGCCCUGUCUCUGGGAUGUCAGGGAUGUCUGCUGGCUCCAUACUGUCAGCCACGUCUGAGUCAGCAUUGUCUACCCUGUCAGGCUACUCCACCGGGAGAGACAGCCAACGCUCUGGACUGUCCCCCAGCAUGUUCAGCGCAGCAGAUUUCCUGGUCAAUCCCCUGGAACCACAGAAUGCUGACAAAAUACGCAUCAAGAUAGCAGACCUGGGAAAUGCCUGUUGGGUGCACAAACACUUCACAGAAGACAUCCAGACACGCCAGUACCGUGCCCUGGAGGUGUUGAUAGGGGCAGAAUACGGCACUCCAGCAGACAUCUGGAGCGUAGCCUGCAUGGCGUUUGAGUUGGCUACAGGGGACUACCUGUUCGAGCCCCACUCAGGAGAGGACUACACUAGAGAUGAAGAUCACAUUGCACACAUCAUUGAGUUAAUGGGAGCCAUUCCGCCCCCUUUUGCUCUGUCUGGGAGAUAUUCACGAGAAUACUUUGACAGGCGAGGUGAGCUGAGGCACAUAGCCAACCUGAAGCCAUGGGGUCUGUUUGAGGUGCUGUUGGAGAAGUAUGAGUGGCCACUGGAGCAGGCGGCCCAGUUCAGUGACUUCCUCCUAACCAUGCUGGACGUCACACCAGAGAAGAGAGCCACUGCCGCUCAGUGUUUGCAGCACCCCUGGCUCAACUUGUAGACUACUGUCCACCACCACAACACAACUACCAUGCGUCUAACCUUUACUGUAUACCACUGAGUCCAUACUGUACCACUAAGUCAGUGUGGUUAUUCUCAGCCUAGGAGAUCUUUUCUAAAUGAAACGUUGAGUAUUUAUCUAAAGUUAAUAUAAACUUACGUUACCAUUACUCUGAGCACAUAAGUAGCAGUAACCUAAAUCUACAGAUUCUUUGUAUUAAAGCAGCAUUACAGGUUCUAUAAAUGGUUGGGAUGAAUAUGAUAUCUGUAGUUUGUUUUAAAAUGGAUGAUCUACUUCUCAUUGUGCUGAGUCACAUUUGUUAAAAUAGUGCCUUGAUAUGCCAGGUGUACAAAAAAAAGUCUACAAAAAAAUCCUUCACUUUUUUUUUUUUAUACAUGUCGCCAAACUGUGGAAUGCUUAUUGUGAACAUAAAAUGUUUAAACAUGACUGAAAGAAA